AUGGAGACAGAAGAGAGGGGAGCCGUUUCCCCAAAACACACAGCUAGUAUAAAGGCUGAGGCAGAGGAAGAUGCGACCUCUGGACACACGUGUGGGGUGUGUGGUCGCAGCUUUCCACUUCUCAGCUCUCUGUCCCAGCACAUGAGAAGACACACAAGAGAGAAGCCCUACAAGUGUCCAUACUGUGAGCACAGGACGGCUCAGAAGGGCAGUUUGAAAGCCCACAUCCGAAGCCAUAAACUGGGCCUGUUGGGCCACAAUACCAGUGACAAGGAGGGGGACGUCAACAAGGAGGAGAAAGACAACACUGAGACCCCUGAUCCUCCUGAAAUCGUCCCCAAAUCGGACAAAGCUCACAAUGUCAACGGGAAGGUGAAAAAGAAAGAAACCAAGAAAAAAGUGAAGAAAAAAGAGAGCGUCCAGGCUGAUGAUGACGAGUCUUUUACCUGCGCCAUUUGUGGCCAGGUUUUCCCUCAGGUACUGCUCCUUAAAUCCCACAUGAAAAGACAUCGCAACGGCCAGGAUCACGGUUGUCGGAUAUGUGGACGUCGCUUUCGCCAGGCGUGGUUCCUCCAAAGUCACAUGCGCAUUCAUCGGGUCAAAGACCAGUUGCAGGGCGGAAGAAGCAACGAGCCGCCUGCUACAAUCAAUGAAGUUCCCCAGGACCCAGCAUCCCUGAUAAAUGAAGAGUGCCUCUAUGAGCUCUGCGCUGGCUGCGGUAAUUUCUUUUUUGACCGCAAGACAUUGCGAACACACGAGAAGCUCCAUAAACUGAACCACACUCAAUCACAAAAUCCACCACAUGAAGACGCUGAAGCCUCUGAGCUGCAAAAUACUAAGAGCCAUUUUUUGGAAAGUUUGAACCUCAUACCUGUCGGGGAGAGUAAUGCAUCUGAGGCAGAAACCGUGGGCACGAGAAUUCCAGAGCUGGAUCCAGUUUGUAGUUACCAGGCGUGGCAGCUGGCCACAAAGGGACGACUAGUGGAGGCCACGGAGAAAUGUCUGGGAUGGGAGGAAAGACUUGCUGAUGCUGAGGUGGCAUACGACAUGGACAAGGGCGAGUAUGUUCCCCUGAAGCCGGAGAGGAAGAGGAAGCAGAUCGACUCCUCCGGCUCCAACACUAAGAAGAAGAAGGGGGACACAGGCCUCAACCACACGGCAAACAGCCUGGCUCAAGCUAAAGGAGGGGACAAGAGGAUAUCCCAGAAGGAUCGGAUACUGUUGAAUGGACUUGGUCAUGCAUUCUAUGAAGCACUGCAUAAUAAGAAGGUCAAAGAUGUUCAUUACUCACCUAAACAGACCAAAAGCAUCAGGAGCCAAGACCAGGAGGAUAAAAAGCCCUACUUCUGCGAGCACUGUGAUUUCCACACUGUUGACGCCUCACUACUCAGGUCGCACCAGCACAAGCACAACCAGGACGUCCUGGGGUCCCAGAGCAAACACGGCACCACUUCGGACAACUUGAGCAAGAGUGGUUCCAAAACCUCAAGAUACAUGGACUACCUCAGAAACAGGAGUGUACUACUCAGUCAGCCAUACUGGAAUCCUUACCCAUGUUUGCCCAGCCAGAGCUUAAUAGAGUCAAAUAUUAAAACGGAGAAGACAAGUGUUACAGAGGUCAAAGGGCAAAGACUUACCACUGACGAUGCUAUCGGUCUUCUCAAUCUGUCUGCGUUGCCUGUAAGUGAGGGAGACGACACCGUUAAUUACCCAUUAAAAACAGAGGGCCUUGUGAGACAUCAGUGCCCGUACUGCUCCCACACGACCGGCUACCCAGAAGUACUGUGGAUCCAUCAGCGGGUGAACCACAGGGUGGAUGGCGGCAGCUGCAUGGCGCCCAAGUGGGCACCGUGCGUUAACAAUCUCAAGAGUCCAAAGGCUGGUGUCUCCCAGUUGAGACGCACUGGGCCUCCUCCGUUCCUCGAAGGCAAGGACUGUCCAACUUUACCAGCCCCAAGAACUCAGCGCACAGAGCCCCCAAGCCCCCCAGCCCCCAGCAAGAAGCAAUCAACAAGCACUCAUUCUCAGUCCAAAACCCAGUCAGGUGUCCCCAAGUCCAAGCACCAGUCCAAGGAGUCGCGCUCUGUAGAAGGGACACAUUCUAGUGCGAGGGCGGGACUCAAACCUCAGAAGAAGUCUGGUGGACAUAACCGGGCAGCAGAGGGGGGAAGUAAAGGCUCCAGCGUACCAGCUACUUCAUCGAGCAGUGUAGUGCACAACAAGAGCGUCUCUAGUUGCCAGCCAACCAGCAGCCCCAAGCACAGAGGCCACAGAGCGGCAGUGGAGGGGAACUUCCCUCAAGAGGGUUUGGGUUUUAUGCUGAACAGGAGCCACAGUGGGACUUCUAACAUGGCUGCAGAAAGACUCAAUCCCCGCAGGCAGUCGUGUGACUCCUCCUCAGGGCUCAAGGGUCCUGAUCUGUGGGCUGCCAUGAACAUAUGGGGGCUACACGGAAGCAAAAAUUAUUUAGAUCCACUCCUUUUUGCUCAGGGAAAGAGUGAGUCACCAGUAGAAAUGCCAAUGGACGUUGAUGUUCUGAGUCUCCUGAAGAACUACAGCCCUCACGACCUGGCUGCUCUCUAUCAGCACUGGGGGUUCAUCGACCCCCGGAUCGAUCCACAAGCAAUGUUGACGUUAAAUGGAAAUUUUGGAAACGAAGUCCAUUCCUCUCCUGAAGCUUCCAGACAAGCAAACAGCCGCUCCUCUUCAUCCUCAGGGUCUCUUCAUAAAGGAACGUGA